GAACGCGUUUAUGUUUGACGUGAAGUCGUAUAGGGAAGAAAUAAUCUCGCAAGUCAACCAAAUUUCAACAACCAUGGCGGACGAGGAACUUCCAGCGGGUUGGGAAAAACGACUCAGUAGAUCUACUGGUCAACAUUAUUAUUUAAAUAUUUAUACUAAACAAAGUCAAUGGGAUAGACCAGACAAACCAGCAGAUCCUUCUGGUAAUGGUAAUGGGGAUGGUUCAGAGGAAGUCCAGUGUUCACAUCUUUUAGUAAAACAUUCAGGAUCUCGACGACCAUCUUCUUGGCGAGAAGAAAAUAUAACAAGGUCAAAGGAGGAAGCUUUAGAAUUAAUAAAGUCUUACAGAGAACAAAUUGCGUCUGGAAAAGCUACAUUUGCUGAACUUGCUUCGAAAUAUAGUGAUUGCAGUUCAGCUAAACGGGGAGGGGAUUUGGGACCAUUUAGUAGAGGUACUAUGCAGAAACCCUUCGAGCAAGCAGCGUUUGCUUUGAAAGUUGGAGAAUUAUCUUCUCCUGUCCAUACAGAUAGCGGUAUUCAUAUUAUCCAGCGGACUGCAUAAAGCAGCUUACUCCAGAAUACGAUGCAAUGUACUUUGCAUAAAAGUUUCAUAUUAAUUUCAUUAGUCAAAAGGUGGUUAAGCUAGAUUUUCUUAAUUUUUGUAUGAAAUCUUGCAAUAUGUUUCUCUCUGAGUAGCAGAGUUAAGUCAUUAUUAUGCAGAUAUUGACAGAAUGAUAGAUCCUUCAUUUUCCUCUUCUUUAAUUUAAUCUGAUAAAAUUGUAUAUUAAUCAGUCUUCCACUAAUUAAAUAUCUCAUUUAUAUUCUUUUCAAAACAGGUAUUUAUAUCAUGUUAUAUGAUAUAUUUAUAUUUUAUCGAUUAUAAUAAAUAAUCUUUCUAGGUAUCUUGAAAAGAUAAAAUUUCCAAGUAUCAAACAGGUCAUUAUUUUUCAUACAAUUAUUGAUACAUAAGAAUUAUUUUUUUUAUUAGUCAGUUUAAAUUGAUAAAUUUUAUUUAGCAUGCUUAAGACUCUUUUUAAUGAUCAAUUCAUUUAAUUAAGAUACAUAUUUCAAAAAAUAUAAAUAAUGGUAUCUAUUGAUCAAGAAAAUAUUUUACAGUUAUUUUUAAGAGAAAAAGAUUAUACUAAUAUGUAGUAUUUAAAAUCAGCCAACUCUAUUAUAUAGGCUUUACUACUGACUUUUGUAUUAAUAUAUGCUUAUUUUUAAGCACAUUGCAAUUUAAGACAUUUAAAUAGAAGAAAUAUACGCGAUUUAUUGGAAAUUAGUCUACAUGUUUCCAACAAUAUAACUUAAAAAAGUGAGAAUUGCAUCACAUUUUAAUGGUGCCGAUACCAUUUAAUGGUUCACGUAAUAGUGAUAAAUUAUUCAUUGAUCUCUGUAUUUAUAAAAUUUUUCUGUUCCUUUUUUUUAUAUAUUAACAAUAAGUUGAAUGUUCUUUAAAAUAAAAUCAGAUAUGCUCAAAACUGAACAAUUCAGUUUUAUUUGUGACAUGUAUCUACAGUCAGUAGUAUGCAAUGAUCCUUAAUUAAUUUUAUUUUCUUAUUUGUAUAGUAAAAUGCAAGUGAAAAAUAAGAUAGUAUAAGAUAGUAUAAAGUAUUCUUUGAAAACAGGUUAUUAAAGUUUCUGAUACUGUGAAAAAGAUAGAAAGUUCUUUAAUAGAUUUGUUAUUUAUUUUAUAAAUUCAAAACAAAAAAUCUUAUAUCUCUCUUAUAUUACAAUUGUCAAAUGUAUUAAACUUAUGGUAUUUAGGCGAAUUAAAUGUUUCCAGGAAAAUUUAUUUAGGACAUUCUUUUUAAAAUAUUAAAAGGUGUCUUUUUUAUAUCAAUUUUUCUAGGUUUAAAAAGUAACUCUUCAUUUAUGUCUAUACAAUUUUAAAAUCAUAUAAACUCGUCUACGAGUGUAUAAUUAAAAUAGCAUACAAUUAAUAGUACAUCAUAAUACAAUAAUAAACUCUUUAGUACUUCUUUAAAAAAUUAGAAGAAAUCAAAGUAAGAUAUUAAACACUGAUAAAAUUUUCUAAAAUUGAAUCAAGAAACCGAUAGAAAUAUGUAAAAAUUCUUUCCUAUUACUUUGGUUAAAGAGUUGGCUGUAUCAGAUUGUGACAAUGAUUGUAUAAUAUCUUGUACAUUUAAAUACCUCUUAAAGUUACUUAUAUGUUUUGUAUUUUUUUUAGGAAUUAUAGCAGAAACAUCUUUGUAUACAUCGUCUAUUAAAUUAAACUGUAGUUUAUGUUUUCCAACAUAUAUAAAGAAAUUUAGUUUCUAUUAUCUUAAUGAUAAUUAUUUAUAAUAAUUUAGGAAACAAUAGCAAUAUACAAAAUGCAAUUACAUGCACAAUAGAAACAUUUUCGCAUUAUUGUAUAUUGUACAAGCAUAUUUAAAUGUAUUUAAAGAGAAUGCUUCUACGAUCUAAGCAAUCAAUGAAGGAUUAUACCGUAAUGCGGACAUCCAAAAAAUGCGGAGGUGUCUAAAUGCAAUAAUUGUAAUGUAUUUACGUACUUACUUAAAAUAAGCAUUAAAAUAUACCAUUAUGCUUUUAUUCACAUUAGAUAA